AUGGCGUCCACGCGCGUGACGAUCGGCGUCGCUCGUCUCGCAAUCGCAGACGUCUGUACCGUAGCUGCACUCGACGCGGCCGUCGCUCUUGACGCGCCAGCUGCUACUGCGUCGGCAUCUGCCGCUCCCUUCACGCUCCAUUGGUCCCCUCUCUCCUCUUCUGUCUCUUCUGCCUCUUCUGCGUCGCUUGCCGUGCGUCGUGCGACUCUCGUGCUGCUCCUGUACCGUCUGCUGCACCUCCAGUCGAUUGAGAACGCAGAGUACGUGGCGGCGCUACUGAACCAGAAGAACGAGACGCGCGCGCCCGUGUCCAGCUCCUCUAUUGACCUGCCCGUGGCUCUCUCUCCAGCAGAACAGAAGGUCAUUAACCGCAUGCCACUCACGCUGUUGGCAGAGACGGUGCUGACUGUCGGUGGGGCUCGCGCUCUGCUGCCGGUGGCUGACGCCGUGGCUGCCAUCACGUGCGAGACGCUGCGCAUCGACGCGAGAGCUUUUGAUGCCGAGUUUGUGGACGUCGCGCGGCCUCAUCGCGGUAUUAUCACAUCGGCGCAGAACUUGUGGCUGCUGCUGGACGGGUCCAAGUAUAUCAACAGCCAGCAAGGGGGCGUCACGGACAUGGCCAGUGUGCGCUGCGUCCCGCAGUACCACGGUCCUGUCCGCGACGCUGUGCUGAGCGCCUACAAGACCGUAGAAGCUGAGGUCAAUGGCCUUGUGCUUUGCGGCAGUUCUGCUGAUGUGGAUAUCCACCCACAAGCGUUGAAAACAGCGCUCUUGAUCACAACAGACGCGCUGCGCGUGCUGCUUCAGGGCAGUGCUGAUCGUCUUCAGCUGCUUGGUGCCACGGCUGCUGACGUGUCAGAUACGAUACACACUGUUGCGCUUGUGGAGACUACUGCGGCUGCACUUGCACGCGAGCUUGUGCCAUCGUUGCAGUUUUUCCAGGACGAGGAAUCGCAGCUAAAACUUCAUCUUGCUGAAAAGACUGCAAAGGCGAACGAGGCAGCGGCUAAAGCUGCGGCGGCGGCGGCCAAGGAAGACGAAAAGCUUGCGACUUUGUCGGAAGCUCAGCGCAGCAAGAUUAUUGCUAAGCGCCGCAAAAAACUGGAGAAGCAGCAGGAAAAGGAGACCACAAAGAAAAGCAGCAAAGAAGAGCUAAAGAUCGGUCUUGGUUGCCAGGCGGUGCGGCAGCAUCUGCUUGCUUUUGGAGACACGUGGCAGACGAGUGUGGAAAAGUCGGCGUUUGAUUUGCGUCCAUCCAGCUUUUCGUUGUUCUUGGAAGGACUCUUUGUGCGCAUUGGUAGUGGCGGUGCUCGCCGCAAACCGAAGAUUGCCAAGGGCUCCCAGGACUUUCUGCCGCACCAGAUGGCAUUGCGGGAGAAGAUCUUUAACAAGAUUCGCAUGGUGUUCAAGCGUCACGCCGGCGUCGAGAUUGAGACGCCCGUCUUUGAGCUGAAGGAAACGCUUACGGGAAAGUAUGGAGAGGACAGCAAGCUUAUUUACGACUUAGCUGACCAGGGUGGUGAACUACUGGCGCUGCGUUAUGACCUGACAGUGCCAUUCGCUCGUUUCAUGGCCCUACACAGCCCUGGCAAUAUUAAGCGCUACCAUAUCGCUCGCGUGUAUCGCCGUGACAACCCACAGAUGGCUCGCGGUCGUUUCCGUGAGUUUUACCAGUGUGACUUCGACAUCGCUGGUACAUACGCACCGAUGCUUCCGGAUGCUGAGGUCCUGUCGAUAGGCAUAGAAGUACUGCAGCAGUUCCCAGAGCUUGGCGCUGUGAAGGUAAAAGUGAGUCAUCGAUUGCUCCUGGACGCCAUUCUUGCCAUCUGCGGCGUACCGGCUGACAAGUUUCGCACGACAUGUAGUGCAAUUGACAAGCUGGAUAAGGAGCCAUGGAGCGAAGUACGACGCGAGAUGGUGGAGGAAAAGGACAUUUCGGAGGAGGUGGCUGACCGUAUCGAGCCGUUUGUGUGCAAAGUGGGCCCACCGCGCGACUUGCACGAACAGCUAGUGAAGGAGAAUAUGUUUGGCGACAACGUUAACGCCCGUCGUGCUAUGGACGACUUGGCGCUGCUGUUCAACUAUCUUGAGGCCAUGGGCGUCCUCGAUUAUAUAUCGUUUGAUCUAAGUCUUGCUCGUGGACUAGACUACUACACGGGUCUCAUCUACGAGUUCGUCUUGACAAGUCCGGAGCACGAAGUUGGUUCCAUUGCCGCUGGUGGACGAUACGACAAUCUCGUUGGUAUGUUCUCCGCGACGGACCAGCAGAUUCCUUGUGUGGGCGUCAGUCUUGGCAUUGAGCGCAUUUUUGGCAUCCUGCAGGCUCAUGCUGAGAAGCAAAAUGCUAUUGCGGGCCCGCCAUCACAAGUCCUGGUCGCGUCCGCAAGCAAUGGGUUAUUGAUACCGCGAUUGGAGCUGUGCAAACAGCUAUGGCAGUCGAACAUUUCGGCUGAGGUGAUGCAGACGGAGAAUCCCAAGUUUAUAAAGCAAUUGCAUUACGCUUUGGAACGUGGCACGCCGUAUAUGGUGGUAAUUGGCGAGGACGAGUUGGCCAAGGGUGUCGUGAGGGUAAAGGACAUGGCAUCGAAGGAAGAGGUGACUAUUGUGCGUUCUGAGCUUGUUGCCGAGCUGCUGCGUCGCGGAUGCCCAACAACGAGCACGCUCAGCAUGUGA